CUCGCCGCUCGGGCGCCGCGCGAGCCUGCCGCUGCCAUGCCUCCGCGCGCACCGCCAGCGCCCGGGCCCCGGCGGCCGCCGCCCCGGGCCGCCGAUGUCGCGCGGGGGGCAGGGGACGCCGGCCGGCACGGGCUCCCGCCGCCCGCGCCGCGCCCCUGGCGCUGGCUGCUUCUGCUCGCUCUGCCCGCCGCCUGCUCCGCGCUGCCGCCGCCGCGCCCCGUCUACACCAACCACUGGGCAGUGCAAGUGCUGGGCGGCCCCGGCGCGGCGGACCGCGUGGCUGCGGCGCACGGCUACCUCAACUUGGGCCAGAUUGGGAACCUGGACGAUUACUACCAUUUUUACCACAGCAAGACCUUCAAGCGAUCAAUCCUGAGCAGCAGAGGUCCUCACACCUUCCUCAGAAUGGACCCCCAGGUGAAAUGGCUCCAGCAACAAAAAGUGAAGCGCAGGGUCAAGAGGCAGGUCCGGAGCGACUCUCUUUAUUUCAACGAUCCCAUAUGGUCCAACAUGUGGUACAUGCAUUGUGCUGAUAAGAACAGUCGCUGUCGGUCGGAGAUGAACGUGCAGGCGGCGUGGAAGCGUGGCUACACGGGAAAGAAUGUGGUGGUGACGAUCUUGGACGAUGGCAUAGAGAGGAACCACCCAGACCUGGCCCCCAACUAUGAUUCCUAUGCAAGCUAUGAUGUCAAUGGAAACGAUUAUGAUCCUUCCCCGAGAUAUGAUGCCAGCAAUGAGAACAAACAUGGCACUCGCUGUGCUGGAGAAGUUGCUGCUUCGGCCAACAACUCCUACUGCAUCGUGGGCAUAGCGUAUAAUGCAAAGAUAGGAGGCAUUCGGAUGCUGGACGGCGAUGUGACUGAUGUGGUUGAGGCCAAGUCCCUGGGCAUCAGACCCAACUACAUUGACAUUUACAGUGCCAGCUGGGGACCAGAUGAUGAUGGGAAGACAGUGGACGGGCCUGGCCGUCUGGCUAAACAGGCUUUCGAGUACGGCAUUAAAAAGGGCCGCCAAGGUCUGGGCUCCAUUUUUGUCUGGGCCUCCGGGAAUGGUGGACGAGAAGGGGACCACUGCUCCUGUGAUGGCUACACCAAUAGCAUCUACACCAUCUCCGUGAGCAGUACCACUGAGAACGGCCACAAGCCCUGGUACCUGGAGGAGUGCGCCUCUACCUUAGCUACCACCUACAGCAGUGGCGCCUUUUAUGAACGGAAGAUUGUCACCACGGAUCUGCGUCAACGCUGCACGGACGGUCACACUGGGACCUCAGUCUCGGCCCCCAUGGUGGCCGGCAUCAUUGCCUUGGCUCUAGAAGCAAACAACCAGUUAACCUGGAGGGAUGUACAGCACCUGCUUGUGAAGACAUCCCGGCCAGCUCAUCUGAAGGCGAGUGACUGGAAAGUCAACGGCGCUGGGCACAAAGUUAGCCAUCUGUAUGGAUUUGGUUUGGUGGAUGCCGAAGCUCUCGUCCUGGAGGCAAGGAAGUGGACGGCAGUACCAUCCCAGCAUGUGUGUGUGGCCACCGCAGACAAAAGGCCCAGGAGCAUCCCCAUUGUGCAGGUGCUGCGGACCACGGCCCUGACCAAUGCCUGUGCAGACCACUCCGACCAGCGAGUGGUCUACCUGGAGCACGUGGUAGUCCGAAUCUCUAUCUCACACCCACGCCGGGGCGACCUCCAGAUCCACCUGAUUUCUCCCUCCGGAACCAAGUCACAACUUUUGGCAAAGAGAUUGCUGGAUUUUUCCAAUGAGGGGUUCACAAACUGGGAAUUCAUGACCGUCCACUGCUGGGGAGAAAAGGCUGAAGGAGAAUGGACUUUGGAAGUCCAGGACAUACCAUCGCAGGUCCGCAACCCAGAGAAACAAGGAAAGCUGAAAGAAUGGAGCCUCGUUUUAUAUGGCACAGCGGAGCACCCAUACCGUACCUUCAGUUCCCAUCAGUCUCGCUCACGGAUGCUGGAGCUGGCAGUCCCAGAGCUGGAGCCUGCCAAGGCUGCUGGGCCACCACUCGAGGCAGAGACUGCUGUAGAUGAUGAAGAGUACACAGCUCCUUCCAUCAAAGGCUCUCCUAAUACUUUACAGACCAGUGUGUGCCAUCCCGAGUGUGGUGACAAAGGCUGCGAUGGCCCCAAUGCAGACCAGUGUUUGAACUGUGUCCACUUCAGCCUGGGGAACGCCAAGACGAGCAGGAAGUGUGUGAGCGAGUGCCCCUUGGGCUAUUUUGGGGACACAGCGGCAAGACGCUGCCGUCGGUGCCAUAAGGGAUGUGAGACAUGCAUGGGCCGGAGCCCAACACAGUGCCUGUCUUGUCGCCGUGGGUUCUAUCACCACCAGGAAACGAACACUUGCGUGACGCUCUGUCCUGCUGGACUUUAUGCUGAAGAAAGCCAGAGACUCUGCCUCAAGUGCCACCCAAGCUGUCAAAAGUGUGUGGAUGAACCUGAGAAGUGCACUGUGUGUAAGGAAGGAUUCAGCCUCGCACGGGGCAGCUGCAUUCCAGACUGUGAACCGGGCACCUACUUUGACUCUGAGCUCAUCAGAUGUGGGGAGUGCCACCACACCUGCCGCACCUGCGUGGGGCCCAGCCGAGAAGAAUGUAUUCACUGCGCACAGAGCUUCCACUUCCAAGAUUGGAAAUGUGUGCCGGCCUGUAGUGAGGGCUUCUACCCAGAGGAGAUGCCUGGCUUACCCCACAAAGUGUGUCGAAGAUGUGACGAAAACUGCUUGAGCUGCGAGGGCUCCAGUAGGAACUGCAACAGAUGUAAGGCCGGUUUCACACAGCUGGGGACCUCCUGCAUUACCAACCACACGUGCAGCAAUGCCGAUGAGACCUUCUGUGAGAUGGUGAAGUCCAAUCGUCUCUGUGAACGGAAGCUCUUCAUCCAGUUCUGCUGCCGCACCUGCCUCCUGGCUGGGUAGGGGCAGCUGCCCACUGAGUGCAGGGGUCCUCCCCUCUUCCCAUCUGCCCAUCUACCUUCCUCUAGAUGGUCAGCCAUAGCCUGUUCCUUGGGAUGGCCCUGCAUCUGACAGCUCUAUCUCCCUGAGAGCUGGGUCCUACUGCACCAUCUCUGAGCGCCUGAACUAGGUGGAGGUGGCCCAUAAGGAUAUGUGACUAAAAUGGGAACGCCCCCCCCCCCUCAAAAACUCUUCUUGCCGGCUGCAGUCUAAAGCUGAACUCAAAUAGAAGCAAAUGAAUUAAGAGACUCAGAGCUGCAGCUUCGGAGUGGCUUCUGGGACCCUAGUUUACUGAAACUUCAAGACCAAAGCAGAAAAAGAGGGAUGCCCGGCAUCACAGAGUCCUCCCCACCAGACACACAUAUUUGUGUGACCUCGGCAGAUCUCACUGAGCUGGCUGGCAGGACCCUACGCUGUCCUGAGCUAAGAUGAAGGGCCUAGCUUCCGACCCGUGCAUCACUGGCCACCAGUCUGCCCGAGGAACACUUUGGUCAGACUGUAAAUAAAACAUGUUUCAGGGCAUAAGAUGUACGACCACUGGGGAUAGAAUCUAUGUCUGUGUAGUCAGCGCCUUCUGAAACUACAGCCACCGCCUCAAAGAUCCAGCACCACACCUAAGCAGAUCCACCCGUCCUCUCUGCAGCGUUCUCCUGUGAGUGAGCCAAGCUGUCCAUGGGACUGGUCUACCUGCAUCCCCCGGGGCUCCUGGGCCUGAGCCGCCAGCCGCCAACACAUGCAGAGCCUGUGGAGGAAGGUCCAAAGGAGCUAGUUAGGGCUGGCCAAGAGACAUCUGGUAGCCAAGCAGAUCCUUCUUCAACAUGUGAAGCCAGCCCCUGAAUCACUCAUCGCCAGCCCUCCACAUCACACAACUGCUUUUCAAGUGCAUUUGGCCUCUGCUCUCAGGACUCCGUUCUGAGGAUGCUGCUCUGGUCCAGUAUAGUACGAGCCUACGUGAGCUGGAUUGAUCUCUGCCAAGCCUGUGUAGGCAUUUUAUAAGCUACGUGUUCUAAUUUUUACCAAUGUUAAUUAUUUUGACAAAUAUUUCAUAUAUUUUAAUUGAAAUGCGCAGAUCUGCUUGAUCGGUUCCCUUUAAUAUGGGGAUAACAUUUGCCUUAAAUUUUUCCAACCUUGUCUCUCUCCACAUUGUCCUGCUCCCCUCUCUGACUAUGAUGUGUUUGUCUUGUCACCUGUGGGUGGCAAGGACCCAGCUGUUGUCUGUUGAAUCCACAACAUAAGAAAUCAGUGAAGCAAAUCUAAAUGUUAACCCUGAGUUAAUAAAAAGAGUUAACAUCCCAUUGCAAA